AUGGUGUUCGACAACCUCGGGGGCAGGAUCGCCUCACACCUGGCCAGGCACUGGAGCCGCUACCUCAUGUACGGGGCGACCACGGCCGUCGGCGUGGCUGCGGCGGCGCUCCUCCACCGGGUGCCUCCGACGAGAGGCCGGAAGGUGGUUGGCCACCUCGGCUUCAUCGCCGUUGCCGUCGCAAUCUGCAUGCUCGCGCCACACGACUACCAAGACGUCAUCUUCAGCCCGACUGGCGCAGCCGUCGCCGGCGUCUUCUUCCCUGUUCUCGAGUCAAUGCGCGCAGUCUGCUCGGUCACAGAAGAGGAUGACCGGAGAUGGCUGCAGUACUGGCUGGCUCAGGCGAACCUUUAA